UGUAGGAUUUUAGAAUUAAAAGGUGAAAUGGUUGGGUUAGAAUUGUUGGAGUAUCAAUAUUUCGAUGAUAUUUUAACUGACAUGAAGCUAACACCAUCUGAUAUAGAGAUCCCCAUACCACGUUAUUUUAUAAUGGAGAACUACAGGGAGCUCAAAGAAAGAGAGAAGAUCCUUGGUACAGUACUAGCUAAAAUGGGACCAGCAGAAACAGAAGUUAAAGAAGAUAUUGAUAUGACAACUGAAGAAGCUAUCAAACUCAUACAGAUUCAUGAGAGAGCUAGGCAAGGAAGACUAAGAGCAAAGCUGAUGAAAGGAAUCAGAGCUCAGGAGGAGAGAGAGAGAGAAGCACAACUGAGAGGACCUCCUAAGCUAAGCAGAGAUGAAGCUGCCACCAGAAUACAAAAAGUAUGGAAAGGAUUCUCUCAAAGGAAAAGGAUUGUAGACAUGAGGAAUGAAGAAAUGCUCUUCCUUGGAAUGGUACCUCCUCCUCUGCCUAAGUCUCAGAAACACUCAGUAAUAGGACAAUCUAAGAAAAUAGAGGAUAAAAGGAGAUUAGCUCAAGAGCAAUAUGAAAAAGAUUAUCAAGAAGCCCUGAUCAGUAUCAAGGAGAGACUGAUAGAAGCUGAAGGACCUGAUAUGAAGGAACAAAUGCAAGAUCAGAUCAGGCAAUGGUUCAUUGAAGUUAGAGAUGCUACUGGUAAAUUUCCUGACUAUCCUGAUGAAGAUGCCGGGGGUUCAGCAGCCAUUUUUAAACAGAGGGAGGAGCCAGAUCCUAAUGAAGAUAACGAUGGAGGCAAAAAGAAGAAAGGUAAAAAAGGCAAGAAGGGGAAAGAGAAAGGGAAAAAGGGGAAGAAAGGAAAGAAAGGAAAAAAAGGAAAAGGAGAAGAAGAAGAGGAAGGCUUCCAAUUGGCACCGUCAAAUUUUAUCCCCACGAUAUCCGAGGGGUCCAGUAACUAUGUUGACGUAUGGAUGGGUCGAUCUGAAGCUCACAACUUUCAACAGAGACACGACUCUGAGCUAAUCAAGGCUCGGAAGAGGGUGGAGAUUGAGGCUGAGAUUAGAGUCAGGGUUGAUGAACUUAUGAGAGAAGAAUUGAAGAAUUUGAAACUAGCUAUUGAGAAGGAUAAAGGUAAAGGUAAAAAAGGAGGAAAGAAGGGAAAGAAAGGGAAAAAAGGAAAAAAAGGAAAAGGGAAAAAGAAAAAAGGAGAGAAAGACCUUACACCCGACAGAACUAUUGAAAGUCUUUAUGAAGAAUUGGCAGGAGAAGGUGUUGUAAUGAAAUGUCCAAAAUAUCAUCUAUCAGAUUAUAUUGGGGACUUUAGUUAUUUAGCUACCACACUGCGUCAGAUGCCUGCUGAUCCUAACAACACAGACAAGAAUGCAGAGAAGAUUGAGCCAAUGCCUUCACUAGCUGAAAUUAAGAGAGUCGUAACUGAACACUGUAUACUACCACUAGGUAAGGGUAUGAUACUAUUGUAUAAUGGAU